AUGGAUGCCAUUGUUAUCAACACUCUAGGUCUACAAAUUAAUCUGAAAUCACUUAAACUCAGGCUAGCAAGAAUGUGGCAAUUGAAAAAUUUUGAACUGAUUGAUCUCGUGCAUAGUUACUAUAUUGUCAGAACUAAAGAUCAAUCUGUUUGUGACAACAUCCUUAGUCCAAAGAUGCCUCCCAGUUUCAACCCAAACUUAAAUAUUCUGGGCAAAAUUGCAUUAUGGGUACGACUAACCAUUAUUCCUAUUCAGUGGUAUGACAAAGAAAUUCUCUGGAGGCUAGGAAAUUGUAUAGGAAAAACAUUGAAAGUUGAUUCUAAUUCUCUCUCUGAAUCGGACACCACAGACAAGAAUGGUAAAACAGAGCGUGGCAAAUUUGUUAGAAUUAGCAUAGAAGUGGAUCUUCAAAAGAAGCUUGGUCCCAGGCUCUUAAUCAAAGAUGAGCUUUUUAAUGUAGAGUACGAGAGCCUAAAUUUAAUCUGUUUUAGAUGUGGGUGUUAUGGUCAUAAUAAGAAUAGCUGCAAUCAAAAUCUGAAGAACAAAAACCCAGAGAAAGAGAAGGAGAAUGAUGCAAUACAUGCUAAAAAUUUCACCGAGCAAGCUCCAGUCCCAUCAAAAAGCAACACAAAAGAAAAUGAAAAAGGAAAAUAA